UCAUUCCCAUUCUUCCCCUCUACCCACCCAAAUAUUCCUCUAGUCCUAGCUCUGAUCUGUUCUGAUCUCUAGCUUUUACGCUCAUGGACGCCUAUCCAUCCAUGUUCCGAUGCUCCUCUCCAUCGCCGCUGCCGUAUCUGUCGCUGAUGAAUAUGAUGAAUAAUAAUAAUAACAGUGGUAUGGAGAGUGGGUUCUUGGGGAUGAAGAUGAGUAGUGCGGGUGACGUGGAGGUUCCCUGCAGUGAGGAGAUGAAGAGUGAGUCUAUUUGCACUGCUGCUGCAACCACUGAGAAUAAUAGUGGUUUGACGGAGAUCGGCGCGGCGAAGUCGCCGUCAUCGUCGUCGGCGGGGAAGAAGAAGGGAGAGAAGAAGAUGAAGAAGGCUAGAUUUGCUUUCCAGACUAGGAGCCAAGUUGAUAUUCUUGAUGAUGGUUAUAGAUGGAGGAAAUAUGGUCAGAAGGCUGUUAAGAACAAUAGAUUCCCAAGGAGCUACUAUAGGUGCACCCAUCAAGGAUGCAACGUGAAGAAGCAAGUUCAGAGGCUGUCAAAGGACGAAGGAGUUGUGGUGACAACCUACGAAGGCGUCCAUUCUCAUCCCAUCGAGAAAUCCACCGACAACUUUGAGAACAUCUUGAGCCAGAUGCAAAUCUACGCCGCCUUUUGAUUAAUUUCAUGACUGCCGACACACAUACCAUGCACCACCUCGGACACGAAAUGGUUAAUUGUGUCGAGUUGGGAUGGUGUACAAUUAUAUUAGCUUAUAGUACAACUGAUCAGAUCAUGUCAAGUUUUUUUUUUUUGCUCGUGUGUGUGUAAAAAUUCGUCAGGACGUACAUGAAUGUAUUCUGGAAAGGCCGUUAGAUAAAUUAGAAUUCUAGACGGACUCGGAUUGGUAUGGGAAUGGUUUCUUUAAUUUAGAUGAAUAUUUGUCUAAUGGAACUCUUGCUUAUGGCUAUAGCUUUAGAUGGAUAAAACUCAGGUUUUAACUUUUGUUGAA